AUGAAGCGAUACAUUCUACUAGUUUGUGCAGCGCCGUCUAUUGCAAAUAUUAUAUUCUCCUACGCGCCACUGAAGUGUGACUUAAACGAUGAUUCCCGAAUGUACAAUGGCUGCCUAAGGGGACAAUCUUGCACCACAGAUGGAGAAUGUGUGACAUCACCAGAGCUAGUCGAUUCUCUUUCCUUCCGAAAUAAAAAUCCUACAGUUCCGCGGUCUGUUUCCCGAAUAGACGGCAGAUGUGGAAAGGACUUUGAGAACUCACAAUGCGACGCACUAGGUCCAUAUGGAGGUUGUUGUUCAAAAGACGGGCAUUGCGGAACUACCCAAAACCAUUGCUCUGUUGAUGAUGGUUGCCAACACGGCUGCUCCAAUUCAUUUCGCUUUGGGUUGCGUGACCUCUCCACAACUACAGCUCACUUGGAACCCGUAAUUAAGGGUCCCACUACUAUCAUGGCUGCCGGUGGAAUGGACACCAAAGAUGGUUCAUGCGGUGCUAAAAACAACAACACUGUAUGUGGCAAUUGGGUUAAUGGUAACUGCUGUUCCAUGUAUGGAUUUUGUGGAAACACAACAGGACACUGUGGCGAGGGAUGUCAAUCUGGAAACUGUAAAGCUACACCUGCAGUAGCUGCACCAGGUCCCAACCCAGUGAAACCGGCUGCUAAUCCGGGCUCUUUCAAAACUAUCGGUCAGGCUGGAGUAGGGGCUAUGCACGCUGGACUAAUGCCUAACGGAAAAGUAUUCUUCCUUGACAAGUUGGAGAACUAUUCUCAAAUUAAGCUCCCUGACGGGCACUACGCCAUGUCAUCAGAGUACGACGUUAACAAUAAUCAGCCAGUACCCCUCUCAUACUCAACCAACGCAUUCUGCUCUGGAGGGGCAUUUUUAGCAGACGGUCGUGUGGUCUCUGUUGGUGGUAAUGCUCCCUUAGACUUCCUCAACCCCAACAUUGGUGAUGGCUUCAAAGCCAUACGAACAUUAUCGCGGUCAGCCACCGACAACAGUAAAGAUGGACAGCCCUGGGAAGAACCAGCGAACAGGAAACUUUCAACUGCGAGAUGGUAUGCUACCGCUCAGACCAUGCCCGACGGAAGCGUAUUUGUGGCAUCUGGUAGCUUGAACGGUCUAGAUCCCUCCAAGCCUCAGAACAAUAAUCCAACCUAUGAAAUGUUGAGCAGGGACGGUUCUCCUCAAGGACAGAGCAUCAACUUGGAUAUUCUCGCCAAAAACCAGCCUUAUUACAUGUACCCUUUUGUUAAUCUGCUGCCGGAUGGAAAUCUUUUCAUAUUCGUGGCAAAACAAGCCCAGGUAUUCAACGUUGGACAAAACGCUAUAGUCAAGCAACUUCCAGACUUAGCGGGAGACUUUAGAACCUAUCCCAACACUGGAGGUAGUGUUAUGAUGCCUCUCUCCAGUUCUAACAACUGGAAGGCCGAAAUCGUCAUUUGCGGCGGAGGGGCCUUUCAAGAUAUCGAUAGUCCGACUGACGCCAGUUGCGGUAAGAUCGCACCUUUAGACCCGAACGCCACCUGGGAAAUGGAUGCUAUGCCUGAAGGACGCGGCAUGGUGGAAGGAACUCUGCUUCCAGACGGGACUUCAGUGUGGCUCAAUGGUGGCAAUAAAGGCGCUCAAGGAUUUGGACUGAUGGCUAGCCCGACACUCGAAGCCCUACUAUACGAUCCAUCCAAACCAACAGGGCAACGUUUCAGCACUCUAGCAUCCUCUGGUAUACCCAGACUUUACCACUCGUGCGCCCUAUUGUUGCUUGAUGGUACAGUUAUGGUCGUUGGAUCCAAUCCAGUCGAGAUGCCCAAGCUCCAACCAGACGCUAAGGAUCCUUAUGUCACUGAAUAUCGAGUGGAACAGUAUACCCCUCCAUAUUUGCAAGGAGAUAAUGCGAAUAGGCGACCAACGAAUAUGGCGCUGUCAACAACCGACAUUCAGUCAAACGGAGGGGAAUUUCAAAUCAAGUUUGAUGUUCCCCAAGGUGCUAAAGAACUAAAGGUUGCACUGUAUCACGGUGGAUAUGUGACUCACUCUAUUCACAUGGGGCAUCGCAUGCUGUUCUUGGACCACACCGGCUUCCAAGCCGGAAAUACCCAACAAACGGUUAACGUCCGCGGUCCCCCUAACUCCAACCUUGCACCACCGGGUCCCUACGUUGUAUACGUGGUUGUCGACGGUAUUCCAACUGUCGGUCAAUUCGUACAGGUUGCAUGA